AUGCCGCAAAGCCGCGGGUCGACCGCGUGGGGUGUCGCCGCGUCGGUUCCUGCUCUGGUCUAUAUCCCCUCCCCCAAGCCGCCACCAACACCACCAGCAGCAGCAGCAAACACACCCCUAUUCCUCCCCGCCGGCGAGAGAUCGACGAACGAGAUGGCGCUGUCACACGGCGUCGGGGGCUCCGAUGAGUCCGUCCACUCGACGUUCGCGUCCCGCUACGUCCGCGUCUCCCUGCCCAGGCACGUGUGCCGCUGCCGCGCCGCCGCCUGGCCGGCCUUCCUCCGGCGUUCUCUCGGGAGCAUUACGCGCUGCAGUUUUCUUCGCCGGAACAACCGCCGCUAA